GCGUCAUAAUCCGAUUUUAUGACAGGCAAGAUGGUGCCGCAAAACACAAAGACGAGAAAUGAAAUAAUAUGAAUGCCAUCAGUAUUCAAGAGAUUUUGGAACAAAUAAUUGAGUUAGAGAAACGUAUUAUCAUCAUGGAUGAUAUUUAUACCAUUCUUUUAGAAAGGGCCCAUGCUUUGGAACAAAUUGUGGAAGACUGCAUAUUGAAAUACAAGAUGGAACAGAGUGAAGUUAUUUUACAACACCUCAUAUCAGACACAUCUUCCAACUAUUCCAAGCUACUUAGGAUCCACAUAAGGACAUUUUUCCAGUUUGUUCACAUGAAAAUCACAGAUCACUUAAGACCGACUCCAACAAUGCAAGAUGUAUGGAACCAGUUAAAAGACUCAGAUUAUCUAACAAGAUUCAAUGAAAUCCUGAGAAAUCUUGGUUUCCCUGAGGACCAGUUAAGAGAGGUGUGUCUAGUUCUGGAGGUCGUCAGAGGGGAUGAACUUUGUGACACCUCAGCCUCUUUUAAAAAGACAUUAGCUCCGCCCACUGCCCCGCCCAAUUCACCGAUUGACAAUGUCACUUUGUCUGAUCUAUUAAUACAUCUGGAUUUGUUGGAUGACCUUGAUUUAAGCUUCAAGGAUGCAUUACAAAGAAUUGUGACCAUCACCUCUCAGAGCUGGGAUUGAUGCACAGUGACAACAAAAAUGUGUGUCUUUGUUUAAGCUAUCAAUUGUUUAUUUAUACUUUUUUGUAUAUUAACAAUUAACAACUGGUACAUAUAAACUGAAAAAUAAAUAAAAAUGGAUGG